CCAUUUGUAUAAGACUUGACACCUUAAUCCAGCAUAAAAUGUUACUAUCAAUAGCUUUUCUCCUUAUCCUAAAUUCUGUGCUUUCUCUUCAAGCCACACUAAGCGAGAAUAAAAAUGGCACUACCAAAUCUAGGGACCACACUAUUAGCAACAAUGUUCCCAAGCUAGUAACCACAACAUUAACCACCAAAGUGAAAAUCCAGACCCAUACUGCUUCUUCAAAAACCACCAAUCAGACUGUUCCUUCCACACCAAAGUCUGUUGUGGAUAUUGUCCAUAAACCUGUGCCUUCUCUUCCAGACAAACUUAAUGAAAAGAAAAAUUCUACUGCCAAAACAACAGCCAACACCGGUCGUCUUAAUCUUCCAAAGUUAGGAACUACAGCAUUAAAUAUCAAGCUGAAAAACCAGACUUCAUCAAAAAUCAGCAGCGUUAAUCAGACUCUUCCAUCCACUAUAAAGCUGGCUGCUGAUGAAAUCACAUUUAGUGAGAAGAAAAAUUCUACUGUGAAGUUAACAGUGCAAACUAUUAAUGUUAACGUGUCAAAGAAAGUAGCAACAUUAUUAAACACAAAAACAAAAAACCAGACUCAAUCUACUUCCUCAAAAAUGAGCAAUGUCAAUCAGCACCAAGACAUUGUCCAAAAACAUGUGCCUUCUCUUAAAGACACGAAUAGUGAGAAGAAAAAUUCCAGUCUUAAGUCUACAGCCCAAACUAUUAAAGUUGCAACUACAUUAUUAAAGAGCAAAUUAAAAGACUCAACAAAAACUAGUAGAGCGAAUCAGACUUCCUCAUCAUCUACAAAGCCUGAUGUGGAAACCAUCCAGAAACCUGUGCAAAACACAGUUAGUCAGAAGAAAAACUCUACUACCAAGUCAACAGCCGAUAGUGUUAAUGUUAAUGCUGAGAAACCAGUAACUACAUUAUUAAAGAACAAAAUGAAAGACCAAACUCAAUCUACUUCCUCAACAACAAGUAGAGUGAAUCAGACUCUCCCGUCAGCUACAAAGCCUGAUGUGGAAACCAUCCAGAAACCUGUGCAAAACACAGUUAGUCAGAAGAAAAACUCUACUACCAAGUCAACAGCUGAUAGUGUUAGUGUUAAUGCUGAGAAACCAGUAACUACAUUAUUAAAGAACAAAAUAAAAGACCAAACUCAAUCUACUUCCUCAACAACAAGUAGAGUGAAUCAGACUCUGCUGUCAGCUACAAAGCCUGAUGUGGAAACCAUCCAAAAACCUGUGCAAAGUGUACAAAACACAAUAAGUGACAAGAAAAACUCUACUACCAAGUCAACCGUCAGUAGUGUUAAUGUUAAUGCUAAGAAACCAGCAACUACCUUACAAAAGACCAAAAUUAAAGACCAAACUCAAUCUACUUCCUCAAAAAAUAGCACCACAGAUCAGACUCAUCUGCUCUCCUUGAAGCCUGCUGUAGAUGUAGUCCAGAAAUCUGUGCCUUCUCUUCCAGCAACAGAAAACACAAAGAAAAAUACCAUUACAGAGUCAGUAGGCCACACCAUUCAUGUUAAUGUUUCAAAGUCAAUAAACAUCAAAACGAUGAACCAAACUUAUUCUGCUUCAUCAAAGCCUAGUAGAGUUGGUCAGACUCUCUUAUCCACACCAAAGCCUGUUGUAGAGGUCCAGAAACCUGGGCCUUCCCUUCAAGGCACAGUUAGCAAGAAAAAUUCUACUUCCAAAUUGCAGACUCAAACUAUUAGUCAUAAUAUACCCAAACUAACUACAUUAGUGAACACCAAAGUGAAAAACCAGACUCAUCAGACUUCCUCAGAAACUAGGAGUAUCAACCAGACUUUCCCAUCUAGCUCAAAGCCUGAUGAUGAAGAAAACACACUUAGCAAGAAGAAAAAUUCAAUAUCCAAAGAUGUUAAUCCACUGAAGACAGUGACUACAUCAUUAAACACAGAGAUGAAAACUAAAGCUGAAUCUACUUCCUCAGAAAUGAGCAAUGUCAAUCAGACUGUUGCAUCUACCACAAAACCUGUGGACGAUAGAGCCCAGAAUCCAACUAAAGACAAACCUGCAGAGAGUUCACCGGUUAAAUUAGUCAUAACUGAAGGUUGCGCUCCUCAGGAGUCUAAGACAGACUCAGGUAAUGUAACCAAAGUACAAGAAACUGAGCUCAGUUUGAAUCCUGGAUCUCCUCUGGUAAUGACUCAUCACAUCAACCUGGUUCAAGGAGCCUGCACAGGAAGCUGUGAAACUGAGAUGGCCACACUGAGGGACAGAGUUGAGUUUCUUGAGAAGGAGAUGGCAGCGAUUAAAAAAAUGUGUGUUCAGUGUUCAGAAGAGCAAUGUCCUAAAAACUGUAGUGGCCAGGGCAAGUGUGAAGAUGGAAAGUGUGCUUGUUUCCAGGGCUUUAGUGGCCCAGACUGCAGCGGCAAAACCUGCCCCCUUAACUGCAACAAAAAAGGGAAGUGUGUGAAGGGAAAGUGUGUGUGUCAUACUGGUUAUACAGGCGUAGACUGCAGUAAGGCUGUUGACAAGAUCGCAAUAACUGUUGAAAGACUGUCUAUGAAGAUCUCCACUACCAAACCUGAUACAAAGCAUGAAAAGAUAAAGCCAGACAAGACCAUAUUCGUGAAAAAGACAGAUGCAAAUGACCCAAAGACAAACACCACAACCAAGCCAACAGUGAAGCCAAGUCCAACCGUGUCUCCGGGUAAAGCCCAGUCCAAUACCACAAAGAGAAACAAGGUUAUUAAGACUAUUGGGCAAGUUCUGCUAAACCAUGAAGGUAGAAGACGUCAAGAGCAAGCAAAAAAAGGCAAAACAACAACCAAAAAAAUAGAUGUAAACAAACAAUCACAAACUGAUGUCAGUGACAAGUUCAAGAAAAAUAAUCUUAAAGAUGAGCCUGUCUAUCAGAACGCAACUCUGCUAUCUGGAAAGAAGGUUAAUGGAACCAGCAAAGUUUCAGAGGGUGUCUUUAAAGACACCAAAGAUUCAGCGAAUUCAACUCUGUUCAAGACAAAAGUCACUAUUACAACUGUAGGUGAUCAAGCAAAAGAAAGCAAGACUAAUAAUGUUACAUCUACUGGAAAGGACAAGCACAGCAAUGGUACAAAAACUUUCCAAGCAGAGAAGAAGUCUGAUAAGCAUGUAAAUGGGACUUCUGUAUCCAAAACUCAUACCAAGCAUUUAAACAAAACUGUCAGUAGAUCAGUCAUUGGAUCAGUUGAGGUUCAUAAUAUCACUUCUACUGGGUUCAUUAUGUCUUGGAAAGCUCCUCGAGACAUGUUCAAGAAUUACACUAUAUCAAGAAGGGAAAUCAAAGGACAAAAUGAAGAUUUUGAGAAAAUUCUGGAUGCAACAGCAGCUGUAAAUGCAACAGAUAUACAAAGGCCCAGUUUAAACAGAACAUCAACUAAAGUCCAAAGUAGCAAACCUGAAGGAAAGACUGUGAAAAGGUUCUACCAAGUUCUUCCUGGUACAGCACGGUCGUAUCAUUUUAAAGGCCUUCAACCUCAAACGCAGUAUUCAGUUUCCUUAAUUGGCUCUGGUCUUGGUGUACGAUCCAAAAUUCACCGCCUUACAUUAUCCACAGGCCCUGAACCGCCCACUGACCUGAUCUUCAGCAAUAUAACAGAGACUUCAUUUUCAGUAUCAUGGACAAAACCUAAAAGCAUAGUUGCAGAAUUUAAAGUCACAUACACCAACAUUAGAACUGGUGAGAGUGGCUCCAUGUCUGUUGACUCCCAGCUGUCCCAUGUUCUCCUCUCUAAGCUCUCCGCUGGCUCCACCUACGACAUUAUUGUGAGCUCAGUUCUGGAGGCACUCGAAAGCGAGUCAGUCGCAGCCUCCGUCACAACAGUGCCGGAUUCUCCCACUGAACUAAAGGUAGUGAACAUCACAGACACUAAAGCUCUGCUGGUAUGGAAGCCAUCACAAGCUAAAGUGGACAGCUACAUACUAAGUUAUGGAACUACAAAAUCUCCAAAUGUGACAAUUACAGUCACAUUAUCUGGCAGAACUGUGGAGCACCAACUCAGAGGACUCCACAGAUCUUCUUUAUACAUGGUGAAAAUCAAAAGUCAAGUCAACCGGCUCCAGAGUAGCCAAGUCUCCACAACCUUCACAACAGGAAGUGGAGUGAAACUUCAGGUCGUGACUCCCGAUGAGAUGACCUUUCGCUCAGCUGUGAUUUCAUGGAGGGCUCCCCUUGUCGCUUUCAAAAGUUACAGGCUCACAUACCAACUGAGCGAGGAAGUCAAGGAGGUGAUUUUAAAUCCAUCUGUCACGAGUUAUGAGUUGACUGGACUAGCAGCUUUUUCAAACUAUACUGUGAAAAUAGAGGGAGAAAGAGACGGACAAUACAUCAGUUUUGUCUUGGCUGAAUUUACCACUGCCCAGCUUCCGCACAAAUACCCCACAGACUGCUCAGAGGUACAGGUCAAUGGGAUGAAGGAGUCAGGAGAGGCUGAGAUUUACCCUGAAGGGCAGGAUGGAGAGCCAGUCUGGGUCUACUGUGACAUGGAAACUAAUGGAGGAGGCUGGACGGUUUUCCAGAGGAGAAAGGAUGGAUCUACUGAUUUUUUCAGGAGCUGGAGGGACUACAGUAAAGGCUUUGGUUCCCUGAGCGGGGAAUUCUGGCUGGGAAAUGACAUCCUUCACACUCUCACCAGUCAUAUACCAAUGAGCUUGCGGAUUGACCUGCGUUCAGGAAAUGAAACGGCCUUUGCUCAUUAUGACAAUUUCAACAUUAGCUCAGAGGCUAACCAUUAUGCAAUUGAGCUGUCUGGAUACUUUGGCACUGCUGGUGAUUCCAUGAAAUAUCACAACCGCCGUCCCUUCUCCACCAAAGACAAAGACCCAAACACUCUUAGCAUCCACUGUGCCAAGGCCUACUUGGGAGGCUGGUGGUAUAAAAAUUGCUACAAGGCAAACCUGAAUGGCCUCUAUGCCUCCUACUCAGACAACAAGGGUGUGGUGUGGAUAGAUUGGAAGGGCAAAGACGCAUCCCUCCCAUUUACUGAGAUGAAGCUUCGGCCGUCCUAUAUCAGUCAAACAAUCACAACAACUCCAACAAUCCAAGGUUAAAUCAACAGAGUGAAUAAUGCACAUGGUGCAAAUACACUGUACAAACUUUUACACACUGCUACUUCAAUAUUGUAUAUAGGUUAACAACAUGCAUACAAAACAAGCUUUGCAAAGUAAAUACGCAAACAGCCUCCAACCAGUUAACAAGGUUUUUUUAAAUGUUAUGUAGACUUUAUGCAUGUGUUUAUGUACUUGUGCUAACGGAGGUCCAUCAUUGAUACUAACAUUUCCGCUACUGGAGUAACUGCACUGUCUUGAUCUAUUGAUACUGUUUUUUAUUUUUUUAUUUUCAUAUGACUCUAUGAAAUUGUUUUAUUUUGAUGUUGUAUUCCUGUAGACGAAACCAAUAAAACAAUGUACUAACCA